AGUCGCAUUAAAUUUCAAUUUUAUUAUAAUAUUGACGAUAUUUCUAAUUUAAAAUGCGAAACUCAAGAAUGAAUACAUUGUUCUCAGUAAAUAAAAAUAUUCCGUAUGCUCGAAAAUAUCGCAAGCCAAUAUCGAAAAACCGUUCCACUGGUGAAUACGUGGAGCUAGAACAGGAACAACAAAACCCAAAAUUACAUAAGGUGGGAACAAGUAAUGCUGGGGAACAACCUCAAGCAUCUACUUCUAGAUCACAAGCGACAAGUCUGACUGAGGUUUCAUCCCCGAGCUCAAUAGUAACAGACUCUAACGAUAGCAGCGAUUUGAAUUUGGAAGUUCAUGAGCUUGCAUACUUUACAUCAGUUCAAAUCGAUAAUUUAGGAUCAGUCUCACCAACAUCUGAAAGAAACCAUGAGAAUAGUUCAAGGAAUAGUUCCUAUAUUCAAGACGAUAUUAGUGACGCUUCUACGGACAAUAUUGAGUCUGAUAAUCAGAAUGAGGAGGAUCUUGAUUUGAACUUUAUUGGACCUUUACAUCCUCACUUAACGGUGACAAAGAAAGAAGUUAUGAUAAUGCUCAUGAAAAUAUUUAUGAGGCAUAAUCUUUCGAACAAAGCCCUUGAAGACAUUCUGCAGUUGAUCAACGUUAUUAUUGGAUAUGCAGUAUUGCCAU